AUGAAGUGGUUUAAUAACGUUCGCACGAGCUAUCACCUUUACGGAGUUCAGAGUUACAAUAACUUGGAUCGAGUCAGUAAAUUUGAUACUGCCUUUUUAUUGUUAAACAAAGUGUGUCCAAAAGGCUGGGCUUCGCGCGGAAAGUCAUGUUACCUUGUGAUCGACAUACGAGUCUCAAAGUGGAGUGACGCGCGAAGAACAUGCCAGAAUUUGGGAGGAGACCUUGCCGUCAUCAAAUCUGCCGAUGAAAAUAAGUUCAUCUUCGACCUGGUGAAGAAGCAGAAGACAGUCACAACCUGCGGUGUGUGGCUUGGCCUCAACAGAAAGGCAGAUAACAAGUUCUACUGGGUGGAUGGUACUCCAGAGGCAGGGCAGUACUCUGCUUGGGCGAGCGGGGAACCAAACUCCGUUUCCGAAAAGUGUGGGCACAUGUAUGGAACUGGGAGCAGGCAGGGAAAGUGGAAUGACUUGCCUUGUCAGAUUUCGUAUUCAAGCCAUACUCCAGUUGUUCUUUGCCAGAAAAAGGCUAACUGAGGCAGCUGGCAGUUCCGCGAGUUUUUUCCGAUAAGUUUAUUAGUCGAUCUUCAAAAGAUCUCACUAGGUAUUUAGAAAAUACGAUGUACUGCUACUAAUUAAACCUUUGAUCCUGUUGAAAAUAAACUUUGUUGUGGAUAAAUAAAGAUAAAAUCUGA